AUCCAUUUGUGUUGUCAUUCAACUCGACGUCUGUUUUAGUGAUUGUUUUGAAGACAAUGUUUAGCUUCAGAUCUCUUCUAACGAAAGGCGGUCUCAGGACUCCACUCUUGGUUUCGGUUGCGAUCAUCGGUUCCGACCGUUACUUCGCAUUCAAGAGAAGAGAGUCGGCGUCGGGUUUGUGGUCGAAAGGGGUGUCGCGAACGCCGUUUGGUCUGAGAAGUGUGUAUCUGUCGGGCAAUGAGAAGACUGUGAAGACUGUUCAGGAUAUUUGCAAAGAGAAGUUCCCGGCAGUGGUGGCCGUCAGACAACAGGUCAAGUCCGACAAAGACGCCGAUAUUUGGUGUCAUCACAACACGUCUUCUGGAUUUUUCAUCUCUCAAGAGAAGGUUGUGCUCAUUCUGACCACCGCUCGGGCCGUCGGCAACGCAAAGGUGGUGGAAGUGUACAACAAAGAGGGCGAAUAUGGCUAUGGGUUUAGUGUUGUCCUCUAUAUUGAUCCGACUAUGGAUUUGGCGCUCUUGUCUCGUCCUUUCCGUCAUUCCGUUGCCAUCGAUCCGGUCGACUACUCGGGCAAAAAAGAGCGCGUGAAAAUGCCCGCAGUUGGUCCCAACGUCCAGCCAACAGUCUUAACUUUGGCCGACGGGGACGUGCAGUACGCGCAAGACGUGGUGGCGUUGGGCAGUGCCUGGGAUUACAACACUGUUAGCAAAGGCAUCAUUAGUCACCCCAAUAGGUCGGGCGACGACAUCACCAAAAUUGGCAAAAAGUAUCCGUUCAUUACCGAAACAGCCCAUUAUCUGCAACACACGGCUUCGUUCGCCUUCGAUGACUACGGCGGCGCUCUCGUCAACAUGAAGGGAGAUGUUGUGGGCAUGUAUUUCUAUCUGCAACUCAUCGACAACAUCGUUAUGUACUUUGCCAUCAAAACCAAAGACAUUAAGAAAUUCAUUGCUGACGCCAAAGCAUAUCAAGCUAUUCUGGGGCCCGAAGAGUGUCAAAAACGAAUUGCUACAAUCAAUAUCACUGAGACCCGUCGGUCGCCAUUCUAUCCGCUCGAUGCCAAACCCGAAUCCAAAUGA